AUGAUAAAAAAUACAUUCAUUUCAUUUCAAGAAAAAAAAGAAGAAAGCAAGGGAUCUGUUGAAUUUCAAGUAGUCAGUUUCACUAAUAAGAUACGAAGACUUACUUCACAUUUGGAAUUGCACAGAAAAGAUUAUUUAUCUCAGAGAGGUCUACGAAAAAUUCUGGGAAAACGUCAACGACUGCUGGCUUAUUUGUCAAAAAAAAAUAGAGUACGUUAUAAAGAAUUAAUUAAUCAGUUGAAUAUUCGGGAAUUAAAAACUCGUUAA